AUGGCCCGGGGAGCGAGCCGGCGGGUGAGCGGCGGAGUGAGGCGCGAGGAAGGCAGGGUCUGCGGUCCCAGGCAGGGGGCUGCCGGCGGGACCCCGGGCAACCCCCCUUGCGCCGCACUUUGCGCGCCUCCCAACUUCGCGGCGCCCGGGGAGGCCACGAAGCGCGCCGCGUGGGGACGGGCGGUGGAGAUGGGCCCGGGGCGCGCGCAAGUUUGCGCUCCUGCCUCAGGGGCCUUGGAGAGCCGGGAGCUGCGCAGAGCAGACGGCAGCCCCAGCAGCAGGGCGGGCCUGGCUGGCCUGAAAACCUGUCUCAGCUCCAAGUGUCUGCUAGAUUCUGACUGUCGCUGUUGGGGGCACCGGUGCCCCUUGGGCUCAGGCCUGAGGCCUCCUGAGCCUCCACCAUCUGUCCAGAAGGAGCUUAAUUCCGUCGCUUCCGAGCUGUCUGCACGGCAGGAGGAGAGUGAACAUUCUCAUAAACAUUUAAUUGAACUCCGCCGGGAAUUUAAGAAAAAUGUACCUGAGGAAAUCAGAGAGAUGGUGGCUCCUGUAUUAAAAAGCUUCCAAGCUGAGGUGGUGGCUCUUAGUAAGAGAAGUCAGGAGGCCGAAGCCGCUUUCCUGAGUGUUUACAAGCAAUUAAUUGAAGCUCCAGACCCUGUGCCUGUGUUUGAGGUGGCACGCAGCCCAGACGACAGACUGCAGCCCCCCAGCUUCGACCCCAGUGGGCCCCCGCGGCGAGAGCUCCACGCUGCGUGGAAGAGACACCCUGAGCUCGUCGGCACCAAAGAGCAGAGAGAGGGGACGUCACCAGCCGGGCCCACGCUGACCGAGGCGAGCCGCCUCCCAGGCAUUCCCAGCAAAGCCCUCCUGACAGAAACUUUGCUGCAGAGAAAUGAGGCAGAGAAACAAAAGGGCCUUCAAGAAGUACAGAUCACUUUGGCAGCCAGACUGGGGGAAGCCGAGGAGAAGAUCAAGGUCCUACAUUCAGCGUUAAAGGCCACGCAGACAGAGCUGCUGGAACUGCGGCGGAAGUACGACGAGGAGGCGGCGUCCAAGGCAGAUGAAGUCGGCCUGAUCAUGACCAACCUGGAGAAAGCUAAUCAGCGAGCCGAGGCUGCCCAACGGGAGGUGGAAAGUCUUCGGGAACAACUCGCCUCCGUCAACAGCUCCAUCCGCCUGGCCUGCUGCUCUCCUCAGGGACCCAGUGGGGAUAAGGUGAACUUCGCGCUGUGCUCAGGCCCUCGGCUGGAGGCUGCCCUGGCCUCCAAGGACCGGGAGAUCCUGCGGCUGCUGAAGGAUGUGCAGCAUCUCCAGAGCUCCCUGCAGGAGCUGGAGGAGACCUCCGCCCACCAGAUCGCAGACCUGGAGCGGCAGCUCACCGCCAAGUCCGAGGCCAUCGAGAAGCUAGAAGAGAAGCUCCAGGCACAGUCUGACUAUGAGGAAAUUAAAACAGAGCUGAGCAUCCUGAAAGCCAUGAAGCUGGCCUCCAACACCUGCAGCCUCCCCCAGGGCAUGGCCAAGCCCGAAGACUCACUGCUCCUGGCAAAGGAGGCCUUCUUCCCUGCGCAGAAAUUCCUUCUGGAAAAGCCCGGUCUUUUGGCCAGCCCUGAGGAGGACCCUUCGGAGGAUGAUUCCAUCAAGGACUCUCUGGGCACGGAGCAGUCCUACCCGUCCCCUCCACAGCUCCCACCACCACCAGGGCCUGAAGACCCCCUGUCCCCCAGCCCAGGGCAGCCCUUGCUGGGCCCCAGCCUGGGCCCCGAUGGCCCUCGGACUUUCUCACUGUCCCCCUUCCCCAGCCUGGCUUCAGCAGAGAGACUGACAGGGGAGACCCUGCUAUCCAAGCACAUGAUGCCCCCGACUGCCUUCAAGGGGGAAGCAGGAGGCCUGCUAGUGUUCCCCCCAGCUUUCUAUGGCGCCAAGCCCCCCACGGCCCCUGCUACCCCAGCCCCUGGCCCUGAGCCGCCCGGGGGUCCUGAGCCAGCAGAGGGGGGCGGGGGCAGCGUGGCCACGGCAGGGGCUGGAGCAGAGGAGGAGCAGCUGGACACGGCGGAGAUCGCCUUCCAGGUGAAGGAGCAGCUGCUCAAACACAACAUCGGGCAGCGGGUAUUCGGCCACUACGUGCUGGGGCUGUCCCAGGGCUCGGUCAGCGAGAUCCUGGCCCGGCCCAAGCCCUGGCGCAAGCUUACGGUGAAGGGCAAGGAGCCCUUCAUCAAGAUGAAGCAGUUCCUGUCGGACGAGCAGAACGUGCUGGCCCUGAGGACCAUCCAGGUGCGGCAGCGAGGUGGUAUCACCCCAAGAAUCCGCACGCCAGAGACCGGCUCAGAUGACGCCAUCAAGAGCAUCCUAGAGCAGGCCAAGAAGGAGAUCGAGUCACAGAAAGGGGGAGAGCCCAAGAACUCAGCAGCCCCACUGAGCAUCACCAACGGCACAGCCCCUGCCAGUACCACCUCGGAAGACGCCAUCAAGAACAUUCUGGAGCAAGCACGCCGCGAGAUGCAAGCGCAGCAGCAGGCCCUGCUGGAGAUGGAGGCCGGCGCCCGGGGCCGCUCGGUGCCUCCCUCGCCCCCAGAGCGGCCCUCACUGGCGGCCGUGAGCCAGAACGGGGCCCCGACGCUCGUCAAACAGGAGGACAGCGGUGUCGGCAGCGGGGGAACCAGCAGCAGCGGCACGCAGACCUCCCUCACGGUCCUGUCCCCCGCCGCCUUUGUGCAGAGCAUCAUCCGGAAGGUCAAGUCGGAGAUCGGCGACGCCGGCUAUUUCGACCACCACUGGGCCUCGGACCGCGGCCUGCUCAGCCGCCCCUACGCCUCUGUCUCGCCCUCACUCUCCUCCUCCUCCAGCUACUCCGGCCAGCCCAAUGGGCGGGCCUGGCCUCGCGGGGACGAGGCCCCUGCUGUCCCCGAGGACGAAGCGGCCGGGAGCGAGGACGAGCCCCUCAGAGUGGGCGAGCUCAAGGCUGAGGGGGGCGGCCCUGAAGGGGGCGGUGGUGGGCGGCUGGCCUACUACCCAGCCUACGUGCCCCGCACGCUGAAGCCCACCGUGCCGCCCCUGACCCCCGAGCAAUACGAGCUCUACAUGUACCGCGAGGUGGACACCCUGGAGCUGACGCGCCAGGUCAAGGAGAAGCUGGCCAAGAAUGGAAUCUGCCAGAGGAUCUUCGGGGAGAAGGUGCUGGGCCUGUCACAGGGCAGUGUGAGCGACAUGCUGUCCCGGCCGAAGCCGUGGAGCAAGCUGACACAGAAGGGGCGAGAGCCCUUUAUCCGCAUGCAGCUGUGGCUCUCAGACCAGCUUGGCCAGGCCGUGGGCCAGCAGCCCAGCGCCUCCCAGGUCAGUCCCACUGAACCAAGGUCCUCGCCAUCCCCACCCCCUAGUCCCACGGAGCCACCGGAGAAGAGCUCCCAGGAGCCCCUGAGUCUGACACUGGAGAGCAGCAAGGAGAACCAGCAGCCAGAGGGACGCUCCAGCUCAUCACUGAGUGGGAAGAUUUACUCGGGCAGCCAGACCACAGGGGGCAUCCAGGAGAUUGUGGCCAUGUCCCCCGAGCUGGACACGUACUCCAUCACCAAGAGGGUCAAAGAGGUCCUCACAGACAACAACCUAGGGCAGCGGCUCUUCGGGGAGAGCAUCCUAGGGCUGACCCAGGGCUCCGUGUCUGACCUGCUCUCCCGCCCCAAACCCUGGCACAAGCUGAGCCUGAAGGGCCGGGAGCCCUUUGUGCGCAUGCAGCUGUGGCUCAACGACCCCCACAACGUGGAGAAGCUGAGAGACAUGAAGAAGCUGGAGAAGAAAGCCUACCUGAAGCGCAGGUACGGCCUCGUCAGCGCUGGCUCAGACAGCGAGUCUCCAGCCACCCGCUCCGAGUGCCCCAGCCCCUGCCUGCAGCCCCAAGACCUGAGCCUCCUGCAGAUCAAGAAGCCCCGAGUGGUGCUGGCCCCCGAAGAGAAGGAGGCGCUGAGGAAGGCCUACCAGCUGGAGCCCUACCCCUCCCAGCAGACCAUUGAGCUCCUCUCCUUCCAGCUCAACCUCAAGACCAACACCGUCAUCAACUGGUUCCACAACUACAGGUCCCGGAUGCGCCGGGAGAUGUUGGUGGAGGGGACCCAAGAGGAACCAGACCUCGACCCCAGUGGGGGUCCUGGCAUCCUACUGCCAGGCCACUCCCACCCAGACCCCACCCCACAGAGCCCCGACUCGGAGGCCGAGGACCAGAAGCCUACGGUGAAGGAACUAAAGCUUCAGGAGGGUCCCGAGGAGAGCGUCACCCACCUGACCUCCCAGGAGAAGACUCCAGUGACGAUUAAGCAGGAACAGACUGAGGAGGCCGAGGAACAAGCCGGCAGCCAGGACUCAAAGGAGCCGGACAAAGGCCAAGGCUCCCCCCGAGAGGUGCAUCCUGACCCUCUGGGUGACGACGGACUCCCCAGAGCAGCCCCAGGGCUCCUCCUCCCAGGCGGGACCACCCCAGCCUGCCCCUCGCUGCACCCGCUCCCGGAGAGUGAGGGCGGGGAGCGGCUACACCCGGACCCCCUAAGCUUUAAGUCCGCCUCAGAGUCCUCCCGCUGCAGCCUGGAGGUGUCGCUGAACUCGCCCUCGGCCGCCUCCUCGCCAGGCCUUAUGAUGUCCGUGUCGCCUGUCCCUUCCUCCUCAGCCCCCAUCUCCCCAUCCCCACCCAGCACCCUGCCUGCCAAGGUGCUGAGUGCCAGCCCCACCGCCGACACAACCGGGGCCUUGCACCCCAGCACCAAGGUGAACCCCAACUUGCAGCGGCGGCAUGAGAAGAUGGCCAACCUGAACAGCAUCAUCUACCGGCUGGAGAGGGCUGCCAAUCGGGAGGAGGCCCUGGAGUGGGAGUUCUGA